AUGGGUUCUCUCGGUACAUUCCAGCGAAAGCACAAGCUCGCCGUGGUGGGCUCCGGUAACUGGGGCACCGCCAUCGCUAAGAUCGUUGCCGAAAAUGCCGCAAGCAAUCCCGAUAUCUUCGAGCAGACGGUGGAGAUGUGGGUGUUUGAGGAGAACGUCGAGAUCCCCAAGACCUCGCAAAACUACGAUCCUUCAAACCCGGGUCCCCAGAAACUGACUGAAGUGAUUAAUCGUACCCACGAGAACGUCAAGUACCUCCCAGGAGUCCAGCUGCCUACCAACUUGCACGCGAACCCGUCGGUGGAGGAUGCCGUUAAGGACGGCACGAUCCUCGUUUUUAACCUGCCCCAUCAAUUCAUCCUCAAGACCUGCGAGCAGCUGAAGGGCAAGAUCCUGCCCUUCGCUCGCGGGAUUUCGUGCAUCAAGGGUGUAGAUGUCAACGAGUCGGGAAUUCACCUCUUCUCAGAAACGAUUGGCAGGACACUUGGUAUCUACUGCGGUGCGCUGUCCGGUGCCAACAUCGCCAACGAGGUUGCCAAUGAGAAAUGGUCUGAGACCAGCGUUGCCUACGACCCCCCGCCCAUGGACUCGAAGGCGCCUACUCCUCAGCGGACCCCUACUUCCUCCCAAAUCGAUCUGGUGCAGUUUGAACACAAGGAUACCUCAGGGCAGUUGUCAAAGAUCAAGUUGAAAGCGCUUCCCUCCGAGUACCCGCCUGUCGACCAUGCCGUGCUCAAGGCGCUCUUCCACCGCCCCUACUUCCACGUGCGUGUGGUCCACGAUGUCGCCGGUGUCUCUAUCAGUGGUGCCCUUAAGAACAUCGUUGCCCUGGCCGCCGGCUGGGUCGACGGCAUGGGAUGGGGUGACAACGCCAAGGCCGCCGUGAUGCGCGUGGGACUUCUGGAGAUGGUCAAGUUUGGCGACAAGUUCUUUAGCGCCACCAUUGACCAGCGCACCUUCACCGAGGAGAGUGCCGGUGUCGCCGACUUGAUUACCAGCUGCGGUGGUGGUCGCAACUUCCGAUGUGCCAAGCACAGUGUUGAGCGCAACCAGCCCAUCGAAGAAAUUGAAAAGGCCGAACUCAACGGUCAAAAGCUGCAGGGAACCUUGACGGCUGUGGAGGUCAACCGCUUCCUGAAGAAGCAGGGCCUCGAGGACGAGUUCCCCCUUUUCACUGCUGUUUACCGAAUCUUGGAGGGCAGCAUGUCGGUCGCGGAGAUUCCUUCGCACAUCGAGCGGUAA